AUGACAGGCUUCUUCGCUUCAAAUACCAAUCUCGACAAGAUGUCGCGCAUCUGCAUGUUGACCACGCGUUUCCUUGUGCUCGGGACAGCCCUCGCCAUUCUCGCUCUCUUCACCCCCAGCUCCAGCCAACAGCUCUCGCCACCCAAUCCCAGCCCCGACUGCGCCUCCCCACCACCAGACACGUGUUCGUUCUACGCCGACUGCCUCGAAUCGCGCUACCAUUGUGGACCCAGCGGCUACCCUCUUGGUUACGGGCAAUACUACUGCACCAAAUUCCAGGCCGCGCGUUCGACGCUCAGCCCAGCUGGCCAGAAAUGGAUGCUCGCCACGUUGCACUGUCUCCAGCUCGCACUUGUCGAUGACGCGCUUGGCCGGCCCAACGCGACUUCCACUUGCCAGCAACUCGAAGACAAGGCGUUCGCAAGCCAUGCAGGCUGUUACGUCGACAAUGGGGUCUGUAAACUGCCGCCUUCCGACUGGGAGGCAAUUAUCAAGAUUGUGGAUAUCACGACGCUUUUCGACAGCUGGGAUGCAUUCAAGGCAACAUUGACAGCAGGAACUGAGUGUUUGGAAAUGUGGCUCUUCUUGGGGAAGCGGACUGUGCAUCUUUGGUCGUAG